CACACUCAUCGGUCAGUGUUUGGUUCCCAAGUGAGGAAGAGAGCGGACCGAACUUGCGGUCUGAACAUAUGAAACUUCAAGUUAACCCAUCUAUAAAAUGAUACAAGACAAUUAAGAUAAGUAGAAAGAGGACAGAGGUUUGAAGCUUUUGGGUUGAUAAAUAUCGAUGUAUUUCUACCAUGGAUCAAAUUUCCACGGGUUUAAAGUCUGUGUUUGAUGCAUGUGAUACAAAUGGCGACGGUUUCGUACGAACUCUCGAUCUCAUCCAGUAUUCUGGGGGUGGACAAGAUCGCUCCAAAGAGGAGGUUCAAACCUUGAUUGACAAACUCGAUCCCGAUGGAGUUGGUAGAAUAACCUUCGAGGAAUUCUGCAGGCGAUAUCGCGAAUUAGGUGGUGGAAAUGGCGAUGUUGAUGCUAUAGAUGGUGGAAAGCUCCCUUCUCAUGAUUCUGAGUUUUUGGAGGAUAGUUGUUUUGAGGGGGACAGCACAUACAGCACCACAUCAACCAAUGAUUACAAUGGAGAUGACGAUGACACAUUCCAAGAUCCAAGACCAUUCCAAGACCAUAACGGCUCAAGCUUUUUACGUAAUCAGAUGCAGUACUCUACCUUCCCACCACCUACUGAAUCUAAACGGCGAGCUAAGAAGCACCACACACCCCCGCGCCUAUGUAUUGACAGCUCCCAUCACUCAGACACAAGUGAAUAUCAGAGCGAGGAGGGCUACGAGGGAUAUGGGGAGAGCUUUAGUGAAGACAGUACACUGGGAAGCGGGACUCUUAAAGGUUCCAUGACAGAUCAACAAUUUCAUAAAUCAAUAAGCAGUAGUAGUUUACAGCAUAGAAGAGUAUCUGCAGCCAAAGCUGCUCUAAUGACAAGCAGCCCUGCCUACCGGUCAUACUCUGCAAAUACCAGCAGGCGAAACAGUUCAGAUGAUAUAUUUUAUGAUGACCGACCUAUGUCAGAUACUGAGGCUGGAGCAUCUUCUUUUUUAUACAAUGAAAUUCGUAGGUUAUCUUCUCAAGUUUCUAUGCUGACAGAGGAUCAUCACAUGCAGACAAACCAACAAGAUCGAAUCAAAUACGACAACAGGGAUCUAACUUUGAGAAUAAACGCGCUAGAAGAACAGCUAGAAGCACAGAAACUUUCCGCCUCUCAACUGGUUUCAGAGGAAUCGAAAAAACACAAGCAGGUCUUGACUAAACUGUCCAGAGAAAAUGAAGAACAUUUGAUAGAACUAAAAGAAAAACUCCACGACGCUGAAAAAGAAAUCGCCCAGUUAAAGACGAUAGAACCGAUGCUUCGGAAAGAGCUGGACGACUGUUUGGAGGAAAAGCGACAUCUCGUGCAACAGCGAGACGAGCUCGAGAAUACCGUGAACAAGAAACAGGAUGAAAUAGAAGCGCUGAAUGCUAAACUUGAGAUACUGACUCGUGAAGUCGAGGAGGAGAGGCAUCGAUAUGAGGAGGAAAUUGCGCACUUGACCGAGCAGCUCGAAUGCAUGGAAAGGACUAAGACAGAGGCCGAAGACAAGCUUGCUGAGAUGCCCAACAUAGCUCAGAGGAUAACCGACUUGGAAAAACUCGUGCAGCAGCUUACGAAAGAGAACAAUAAUCUGAAACAUACCAAAGACGACGCCCUCCUGGUUCAACUCACACAGAAUGGCCAUUACAAAGUGCAGCAGGAGCCAACAAAGUCUCUAGCGGACGAACUGAUGAGCGCGAACAAAGACACGGUUAUCGACGCCCUUAGGGACCAGGAGGAAGAGGCCCGCAGGCUUCGGGGAUACCUGGACUCACUGCUCAUGAUAAUCAUGGAGCACAACCCUUCACUUCUAGAGAUCACGUGAUAGCCAUGAGACGAUCACGUGAGAACCACGGAAUAAUCACGUGAUAACCAUGGAACGAUCACAUGAGAACAACGGAAUGAUCAGGUGAUAGCCAUGGAACGAUCACGUGAGAACCACGGGAUGAUCACGUGUUUGUCAUGGGGCGAUCACGUGAAAACCACGGACUUAUCACGUGAUAACCAUGGAACGAUCACGUAGUUACCAUGGGACGAUCACGUGGUACCCAUGGGUCAAAACCCAUCUCUACUAGCGAUGACGUGAGGAGUGCUUACGCUGUAAAAUAUAUUUAUGCAACCAUGAGUUUUUUUUAUCAUAAUGUAGGUACCACCAUGAAACUAGGUCUCCUUUUUAUUAUAAUGUAGGUACCACCAUAAAACUAGGUUUCGCUUAGAGCAUGAUCAUCCAAAAUGAAAUCCAUAAGAGAAAAAAUUUGUUGCCCAAGCGGUUUCCACUGGAAAAAAGCUGUUUGUUUUAUUUUUCAAAACUUUAAAGUGAUUAAUUACAGUUUUCAGUCAUUUUCGGUGAUUAGUUCACAGUUGGUAGUCCCGUUUUCGAUGGACUUCAGUUUUCAUUAGUUUUCGUGAUCAGUAGUAGACGGCGUAAAUAUAAUUUUAUUUUUGUGACUUAGUAUUUCAAAGCCGUUUAUUGUUUCUAUGCCACGAUAAUCAACAUAGAUAUAUGUUGUGUGUUAGCCAAUGAGAGGUCUCGAUGAGGUCACGUGCCUAGGUGUUUAGCCAGGUCUCGGUGAAGGGAGGUCUCGGUGAAGUCACUUUCAUGUGUUUAACCAAUGAGAAGUCUCUGUGAAGAUCACAUGUGUCUGCUUAACCAUCGAGAGGUCGUGGUAAAGGUCACACGUCUUGUGUUUAGCUAAUGGGAGGUAUCGGUGAAGAACAACACCACUGUUUAGCCAAAGAGGGGUCUUGGUGAAGGUCACUGGUCUUGUGUUUAGCCAAAGAGGGGUCUUGGUGAAGGUCACUGGUCUUGUGUUUAGCCAAAGAGGGGUCUUGGUGAAGGUCACUGGUCUUGUGUUUAGCCAAAGAGGGGUCUUGGUGAAGGUCACUGGUCUUGUGUUUAGCCAAAGAGGGGUCUUGGUGAAGGUCACUGGUCUUGUGUUUAGCCAAAGAGGGGUCUUGGUGAAGGUCACUGGUCUUGUGUUUAGCCAAAGAGGGGUCUUGGUGAAGGUCACUGGUCUUGUGUUUAGCCAAAGAGGGGUCUUGGUGAAGGUCACUGGUCUUGUGUUUGGCUAGUGAGAGUCUCGGUGAAGUCACAUUAUCUGUUUAAUCAAUGAGAGAUCGUGAUGAAGGUCACUUGUCUUGUGUUUAGCUAAUGGGAGGUCUAGAAGAUCAGAUGUCUUGGUUUAACCAAUUAGAGGUCUCGGUGAAGGACACAUGUCGUGUAUGUACCCGAUCAUAGUCAAACCACAAUACUAUUGAUUCCAGAAAAGUUCGGGAGUCACGCGGAAUCACACGUUAACGAAACAGACCAGUACAAUCACAUGAAAGCGUGACUGGUUUUUUAAAAUUUGUCUCUCACGGAAUAGUCUUUAUUAUUGAAAUAAUUUUACACAAACAAUCUAGCAAUAUGAUAUGAUAGACAAUAUGAUUGACAUUAAAAAUUCACUCAUAGAUAUUUUUGAGAUGUUGUAAAUAAUGUAUUGUAAAUAGACACAUGUAAAUACUAUUUGAUGCGCCAUGUAAAAUAAGAAUUGCAAUAAAAAAGUCUCCACCAUU